UCACUCAGACUCAGGAAAGCGAGAUGCAAGCCCCCGAGAAACCCGACUUACGAAGAAAUUCCAAAGUCUUGUAAGAAAUAUGUGGUUAAUAAAUUGGAGGAGGAAAUUAAAAAAGCCCAGAAGCUUGAAGACCUUCUUGUCCACCUACUUUCAACCGAAUUGAUUGCAGACAAAGAUCUGCCUAAACUUGCCCCGAUGUGUGUGUAUAUUGACUCCGGUAAUCACAGAGAAAGAGUCAAAAUGUGGGGUUUCUUUUGGUAUAGGGUGCAAACGAAGGCCUGCAUUCAGCAGAAGGUUCAGGCCUUGCAGAUUUCAUCAAAGCUACUUCUAUCUUCCGAGGAUGAAGCAAAACAUGCCAACCCCAAUAUGAAGUUAUCCAAAUCUGCAAAGUCCGAUAAUGACAGGACCACCGAACCCUCGUCAACCGAAAUGCGUUCCCAACAAACACCACCAACAUACGAAGAGAGUACACAGGAUGUGAUGAAGAAAUACGCAAAGCAAGUGGAGCAAGCCAAGACCCCCGAGGACCUGUUGGAACCACUUUUGUCAGGCAUAAGUAUCCAUGAAAAACGAAAGCUGAUUCAAAAUGUUCCAGAUGUAACUCGGCUUGAAAAUGUAAACUUCGACGAGCUUGCUCAAAGGGUAGUCUACCGCUACCAUUUACUCAACACAUCAUCGGACCGAGACUGGUGCAAAGAACUGAUUACGCUGGAUAUCACGCUGCGAUGGAUUGUCCAGCGCAGAAUAUGGCUUGAGCAAGAAGCCAAAGCCCUACAGACAUGUCAAACUGAGUAUAUGUCAAACUCGGAUUUAUAUAAGCUCGAUGCCUAUGAAAAGCAGAUCAAAUCCCUCAACUCAAGAUACUGGGAUAGUCAUAGAGAACACUGGGCCAAGUCAGACGGAAUAUGGAGCAUGUUGGCGAGCCGAGCAACGAAAAGGCAGGGAAAACACGCGGAUUGGUAUCUCUCGGGUGUGCUUCGUGAAGACGGUGCAAAUCGAGGGGGAUGUUGUGGACAGAUGUGGAUGUUGCGAGAGGCCACGAAUGACUAUGGGGUCUGUGGUCGAGGCCACUGUACCACAGCAUGCAGUUGCUACCUCAAGGCUCACAAUAUUGACGGCGAAAAACUGGAGAUGAAAGACGUGAAUGAAGUUCACUUCACAUCUCUUAAUAGCCUAGCCACGCUUUGCGACUACUCAAGGGAUAUAUCUUCUAUUUGA